CAGUGCCGAGCGGAGGCCUCGCUCGAAUACAAUAUUUCACAGAAAUGUUCCCAACCCGUGUUAAGUGACUGCCAGAAUAGGAAUUGACAGGCCAUCCCGACUUCCAGAAGCUGCUCGAUAGGGGGAUCAAAAUAAAGGAAUGUCGCCGCUACUAGGAGCGCUGCUGCGAUGGCGCCGCGAAGCGGCGGAAGAGGCGCAGGAGUCCACCCCGCCCGCCAGCUCCGAAAACACUCGCGAAGCGGAGAUGACGACCCCGGCCGGCUCAACGGCGCCGCCGCCGACGCAGGAGUCGAUCGGCGAGCUGGCGACGGAGCUGGCACAGAAGAUGAACAUGGAGACGUGGCAGCUGGUCGCCAUCUUAGUCGGCGUGGCGAUAGUGGUGCUGGGGAUAUGCUUCUGCUGCAUCAGGCGAUGCUUCCGCAAGCGACGCUCCAAGGACGGCAAGAAGGGCAUGAAAGGCGUCGACCUGAAGUCCGUCCAGCUCUUAGGAUCAGCCUACAAGGAAAAGGUUCAGCCGGACAUGGAGGAGCUGACGGAGAACGCCGAAGAGCCCGACGACGGAGACUCCAAGAAGGAAGAACAGAAACUAGGCAAGCUCCAGUACAAGCUGGAAUAUGACUUUAACAGCAACAGUCUGUCAGUUACCGUCAUCCAGGCCGAAGAACUGCCGGCUCUAGACAUGGGCGGUACUUCAGACCCUUACGUGAAGGUUUACUUGCUCCCCGAUAAGAAGAAGAAGUUUGAGACGAAGGUCCAUCGAAAAACUUUAAGUCCAGUCUUCAACGAAACCUUCGUGUUCAAGAAUGUGCCGUACGCCGACGCAAUGAACAAAACGCUCGUCUUUGCGAUCUUCGACUUCGAUCGGUUCUCGAAACAUGACCAGAUUGGUGAGGUGAAAGUGCCUCUGUGCCAGGUUGACUUGGCGCAGACCAUCGAGGAGUGGCGCGAGCUGCAGAGCGUGGAGGGCGAGGGCGGGCAGGACAACAAGCUGGGAGACAUAUGUUUCUCAUUGCGUUAUGUGCCCACGGCCGGGAAACUCACAGUUGUCAUUUUGGAAGCGAAGAACCUAAAGAAAAUGGACGUCGGUGGCCUAUCAGAUCCGUACGUAAAGAUAGCACUCAUGCAAAACGGCAAACGUCUCAAAAAGAAGAAAACGAGCAUCAAGAAAUGCACACUGAAUCCCUAUUACAACGAGUCAUUUACUUUUGAAGUACCAUUCGAACAAAUACAGAAAGUGAAUCUAGUGGUAACCGUUGUGGACUACGACCGCAUCGGGACGUCCGAGCCGAUCGGGAAGGUGGUGCUGGGGUACAACGCGUCGGGCACGGAGCUGCGCCACUGGUCCGACAUGCUGGCCAGCCCGCGGCGCCCCAUCGCGCAGUGGCACACCCUCAAGGACCCCGAUGAUGGAGAGAAGAAGGAUUAAACGGCUGAUCGCGGUGAACCAGUACGACGGAGUUCCAAGUGUGAAGAAAAUACAAAGUUAUUACGAAACUUUUACUUUCUUAUAAAUUCGCUAUUGAACCUUCUAUUUAAUCUUUCGAUCAACAGAAAGUUAUACGAUUAUAUUUAUUGUGUAUGUUUAAUUUAUUUUAAAGCAAGUAUUUGCUGAAAUCCUUCUAAUAAUUUUAGAUUCUAUCCUCUGUGUAUUUUAAUAGAUAGAGAAUGUUGAUAGGAUUGAUUGCGUUUAGUUUAAUAUUAAGUUACAAUGAAAUAUACAUACUUACCUGCCUAUCACUUAUUGUAACUUACUGAGGAGGGUAGCUAAUGUAUGAUAAAAUAUUUUAUAUUUUUUUCGUAAUAGACGUUUUUGUCUGUUUCAUCUCGAUUGACCAUUUAAUACUCGUAUCUCGCUAUUAGUCGUGGUGUUGUGUUGUUUGGCGGGAGGUUAGUAGACGUGUGAAGAGGGAGGCGUAAAAUAAUGUUUCUAUGUUGAGUUGUCACUUCCAGACUUAAACGUCGGUAUUUAUUACGAAAACAUUAAUUUAAAAGUGAUAUACUAAUAUAACAUAGCUUUUUUUUUACUACGUGGGCUUUGUUAAUGUUACAACUGUGUUAUUUACAUUCCUUGUAGCAACUAGGCGACGCGUUUGCAACGCAAUCUACGUAGGUACGAAAUAUAAUUUCCUAUGUCUAAAACCCUAUAUCUAACGCUAUGUAAAUAAGUUGAAUCCUGUUAAAUUUAUUACAUUCUAUUUUACUAAAAUGUAAGUGUUAUAGUAUUGAUACCCUUUUAAAAUUGUUCCUCUAUAGAAGAGAAAUUGUUGUGGUAGUAAAACAUAUUUAGAGUUGUAUCUUAAAGAGUUGCUAUGACAGAAUAUUUUGUUUAGUAAAUUAUUUUUCAAGUUCUCUUCUUACGAGGAACAAAUAGGCCUAUUAUAUAGGUACCUAAUAAUCUUUAUUAUUUUAAGACAUGACAUUUUUUUACACGGUUUAAUUAAAGUAUCUACUUAUGGCCCAUUAAAAAUUGCAAAAAUGUAAUUAUUUUAUAGAAAUGUCUAUUCUUGGUCUACGUGAUUACAUAGUUUAUUAAAUAAUUAUAAUUUAUUUAACAAUUGGCCACUUAACAACCACGUGGUAUCAUCGAAACUAGUCAAACGUUUAAGAUUUAAAAUAAACAUUAUAACUAAAGAUAUUGUUAAAUAGUUUGAAAGUUUUAAUCGUCUUUAAUUAUACUGCAAUAUACGUCUACUAAGCAGUUUCGUUCAUUGCAUUCAUUUACUUCAAUCAUUUAAAGUCCAUGGUUAGGUAUAUGAUGUUCGGAAAUCUUCUAAUUUCUAUAUGAAGUCUAUAUACUUACAUACUUAGCUAAAGCUUGACUGUUGUUGAUCUCAAACGUAUGUGUUAUUGUGUAUAUAAUGUAAUCACAUGUUAAAUUUCACGAUCACAUGGUAUAUCUACGUAUAGGAGUAUCGGACUCGGGCUUCAAGUAUUAGAAGUGCACCAACACGAAACAAGUAGGAAUAGACUUGUGGUUCAAGUACUGUAUUUAACAAUAAAUAUAAAUAUGUUAAAUGUAAUAUAGAUUGUACUUACUAGUAAAUAACUACAGAUUCAUAGACCGUUUUGCUUCAUAUUUUGAAACGUGCAAGUUACACCUACAGCGAACGUACAUUACUGCGCCAGAGUUCUAACUCUUGUGAAUAGACUUCAAAAUAAAAAGAGGACAUUUUGUGUAUCUUUUUAGAUAAAUUAAUAUUUAAAAAGGUAAUGCAAGAAAGUCACAAGAAAGAAGCAACAAUGCUGUGUCGUCAAUAGCGACUAAAGAACUCCAUAACUUGUCACAAACGAUCCUUUCUGAUCGAUCCUGAUACUGAUCGGAAGGUUGGAUCAAAAGAAAACUAAGAAAGAACUACCCAAAACCUUCUAUGAAUCUGUAUGGUUAUCAUAACAACACUACUCUCAGGCGCGCCAAUCAAAAGGUCAGGCCUCGUUAGAUUGACAAUAUAGAAUUCAACAUGCUAUUUAAUAAUGUUUUGUAUAAUCUUAAGAAAAACGAAAUAUGUGAAUAAUCGCUAGA